GGGACGCGGGUGGCUGGGGCCGCGGGCGCAGCCUCCUCAUCUCGCCGGCUAUGGCCGCGCUAGGCCGGCCCUUCUGCGGGCUACCCCUGAGCGGCACCUCGGACUUCCUGCAGCCGCCGCCGGCCGUCCCCGGCCGGGCCUUCCCGCCGGGGGCGGACGGCGCCGAGCUGGCCCCGCGGCCGGGGCCCCGCGCUGCCCCGAGCAGUCCCGGCGGGAGCGCGGCGCGCGGACGUGCUUCAGUUUACUGUAAAAAGAAACACAAACGAGAGGAGGAGGAUGAUGAAUGUCCAGUGAGAAAGAAAAGGCUGACUGAAGGAGCGCUCUGUCCUGGCCCUAAUGACUGGAUUCUUUGUACACGUCAGGAAGUAGAGGGUCAUGGAGUAAAUCCAUGUACUAGUGACCUUUCUGUAUCUGGUAUGUUAGAUGUGACCUGUGAAGAAAUGGAUCAGACAACCACAGAACCACAGUGUGAAGUUGCCCGAAGGAGGCUUCAAGAAAUUGAGGACAGGAUAAUAGAUGAAGAUGAAGAAGUUGAAGCCGACAGAAAUAUUAACCAUCUCCCCAGUCUUGUCCUUUCUGAUACCAUGAAAACAGGUUUGAAGAGGGAAUUUGAUGAAGUCUUUACAAAGAAAAUGAUUGAGUCCAUGAGCCGUCCUUCCAUGGAGCUUGUGCUGUGGAAACCUCUCCCCGAACUCCUCUCGGAUAAGCCAAAGCCGUCAACUAAUGCUAAGAACUACCCAGGAGAGAGCCAAACUAAGCAUGCAGCUGCUGGCACUGCCUUCCCUCAGAGAACUGAGCUGUUCUUGGAACCACGGCAAACAGGGGUGCCUCUUUACGAUAGUUUGGAGACAGCUGCUUGCACAGAAGAAGAGAUGGAACUCUAGAAACCGUUUUCUACACUAACAUUGUCAAAUUUUAGAAGGUUCCUGUGUUCAGCCGUGAGCCUGCUUGCAUAGCAUAGGGACUUGAAGGUUUUAUGAAACGGGUGUAAUAAUAUCUCCACCUGUGAUUUGGGGUGGGAGUCUCAUUUUGGGUAGCCAUUUAUUGAAUUCAGUUUUUUGCCAAGGAAGCUUUUCUCAAGGGAAAAGCCAUUUCCUAGGGGCUUAUUAAAUGUCACAGCCUCUAUACAGGUAAGUAUAGAAACUAUAUGAGUAAGGGUGACUUCUGUCACCCGUUAUAUUGUCUAAACUAUUCAGACACUUGGAGACUAUUCUCCUUGUGAUGAAAAAGUUGAAUUAAGAAUAUACCUAUUAGAACUGACAAUUGAGUCAUAGUCUGGACAGCUCUGUUUACAGUGGGUGACUUUAUGUAAUUGGUGAGAAGGAGGGAAGAAAGCAGUAGUGUAAGCCUAUUGUUAAGAAAUUGGAUGGGGACCCUGAAACUUGUAUAUUAGUUGUCAGGUCAGUAUAGCUGUAUUGAUUAAAUAGCCAGUAGUAGUGUUGUGUGGUUCACCUCUUCACCUCUGGAAAUGCAUUGAAAACACAAAGAAAAGGUUUUUCCUUCAGAGCUUAUUUGCCUUGUGCUACUGUUGCUCCUUGGUUUCCCCUGCAUAAUUGAUAAGCCUGGUUAUUCAGCAGUGUUUACAACUUAAUUAACUUUGAAUGAUAGUUAAGAUUGUGAGGUAACCCAUGUACAAACGGGCUAUGGGAGAAGCAUCCCUUAGUUAAUCCUGAGGAAAUGCUGUGGCAGAGUAACCUGGCCUGGAUGCCUUAUGGAGUCAAAGAAAGAAGUUGUACCUGUUUUAGCAAAUUGAGCUUGUUUGUUUUGUCUUAAUUUAGAAAACAAUGAAUAAUUGCGGACAUACGGGCAAGUGACAUUGAGGUUUACUGAAAUAGCCAAUUUGCCUGGUGCUUAAAACUGUUGUGCAGUAAGGCUAAAAGUAGAAAAUAGUUAACUAGCAGGGAACCCUCACUUCUUGAAUACCUAAACCAGGCUCAAGGUGUCAUUUGGGGAUAACUAGGAUUGAAGUUUUUAAUUUCUCAGGAAGAGCUCUUCUAUGUGGCAAAGGACUCAGUGCAAAGUAAAAUGACAAUGUCUUUACUGCUACCAAUAUCUAUUAGGACUUUUAAAUGAGUAUAACACUGACCCUUUCAUCACACAACAGGAGACCACUGCAGUUCUUUUUGUUUUAUUUUCUGGGUUUUUUUCCUCCUUUGUAGGAAUCAGAUAUCUUAUGUAGAAAAAAAAAGGAGAGGUGAAUUUUUAGAAACCAGCUCCCAGGCAUCUUUGAAACCCAUCCUGAAAUCCCUUCACUUCUUACAGAUGGCAUAGGAGUCACAAGUCUGUUAAUUGGACUUGUUUCUUCUGUUGGCCUGUUCCUGCUUUCUCUAUUUCUGUCUGUAUAGUCAGGAAAAGAUUUAAUGUUUAAUAUUUAAACAAAAUAUUUAAUGUCUACACGGUAAAAUUACAUAAACUUCAAACCAGUAUUGAAACCAGUUGGAAACCAGCUAAUAGUUUCUUAAUCUCAGACUUAGAGAUGAAUGUAAACUAUAUUCUGUUGAACUGUAUUCUGUUGAAAUGUGCACGUGUUUGAUUCAUGCCAUUUGAAAAACUUCUGCCUUGUGGUCAUUGUUUAAUGGGACCAACUUUGUAAAGUGUGUAGCCUUAAAGAAGUCUCCAUGCUAAGAAGUUUAUUCUAGUACAGCUCAAAAACAUGAAGCAACUGUCCAGAGUGAGGACUUUGUCCCAGUGUUAGGGUGGAAGGUGAGAUGAUAGCUUUCCAAAGAAGGGCCCAAAACACAACUGUGAUUGUCUUCUGUAGGAAUUGUUGGGCAGGCCUGAUCAAAGGUCUGUAUGAUUGAGAAUGGAAAGGAGGAAAGAAGGGUCCAAAACAAGGCUCUGACACUACUGGUAGGAAAGAAUGAAGAAUCUGUUAAUUACAGUCCAAACAGAACUUGUUUCAGGAGUCAAGUUAUCUGAUAAGAUAUUUAUUUCUGCAGGAAAAUGAAUGUUUAAUGCUCCUUUUUGAAUUUUAUCUUCUUGUAUAUGUUUGUACAAAGAUUGUUUUCUUCAUCUUGUGGUGCUUACUCCUCUGAGCCAUCUCCAUAGUCCCGAUGCCUCUGCUUUGUUUUUCUUUUGGAAUGUAGGGGUUUUGCUUUUGCCCUAAGAUUUUCUUCCCAGGUCCCUUUCAUUUUAUACAACUUUUUGCAGCAUGGAUCAAACAUUGGCCUACUGUGCUAAUGUAUGAAGAGAAAAAAUAUCUAAAGCAGGUGAGCUUUAAUGAACAAAUGUAUAUUUUCUCUAAGUUUGAGUAGGAUGUGUGUGUGUGUGUGUGGUUUUUUAAUUAAUAUGAGAAAGACUGGUUCUCACAAAUGUUUAAUAAGAAAACUGCUACUCGUUCUUGAAAAGGUACAAAUGUAAAAUUUAGAAAAAUUCCUAGGGCGAUGGCCAGAGCCCUGAGGAGAAUGUUUACCAGCAAGUUUGUUAUUUUGGAUCUAGAACUUGGUUUUUUAAUAGUGACAAGAAUGGUGCAGUAAUUAGGAAAGUUCUUGAAGAUGCUGUCAAUUUUAAUUUAAACUGAGAAUCUGGUGUUUCUGUAUUUUAUCGUUUUCAAUAAAACUUAAGUGUUUUGGACUUUUUAUUUGUGUUCCUAUACUUUUAGUAAAUAAAAUCAGAUAUCUCUUUGUUUUCCUUUAAAUUAUACUUAAAGCAGCAUUCGUAUCUAAUGGACUUACUUAAAUCUGUUCAGAAGGGAUGAUUAUAUUAGGUUAAAGGUAAUUUCGUAAAUUUGGUAUUUCCAGAAGAGGCAGACUGUUUUGCCAUUCUAAAAGCCACAGGAUGCUUUCCACUCAGAGCAAGUCACUGCUGUUGAUUUGUCACUAUUCAAAUGGUGGUGGUAACUGCACCUGCAAAAAUGAUCCAGCUGUGGAGUUGGAAGUGGCAUACGGAGUUCACAGAGCGGGCCUUGGAACCUUUAAACCUAGGAAUGGGGAAGUUACAUGGUGUUUCCUGAUAGUUCUCAAGAGUCGACAGGUCAGUGGGUGGCAGUAUUGCCUGCAUGUCUAUAACCAUGUUUUUGAUAAACGUGGAUCCCUGAUUUGUUGAGCAGGCGGUGUUAAGUUUGGGUUGCAGUUACAGAAAAUAACAGAUACUGUUUUUUUAACCAGAAUUUAAAAAUCACAACUGUUAGCCUCAUCUAAUUUUUUUUUUUUUUAAUUUAGAAAUUAAAGGCUAACUAGAGAGUGACAUUUAGUAUUAUAUUGCAGUUCACCGGUUCCAGUGCCCUGUUUGACCAGUUGGUUUUACAAAAUCUUUGUGUCAAUACCUAAGGGGUUGGUCAUUCGGAUUUCACUGGAAUAACUGACCAAUAAAGUGUUGUGCAGGCAGAGUGUAUCAGUACAGUUCAAAUCUUCUAGCCUCAUUAAUUUCUUGGUUCUUCAGAACACAGUGGCAUUUUAAGAGAUCAACUAGGUACAGUUAGAAUACAGUGUUUAUAGACUACAGCUCCAACAAGACAAUGUCUUUCAACAGUUGAUUAGUGGGUAAACUACUGUUCUGUCUCUUAACGAACCUUAGAAGUCACAGAUAAAGGUUUGAUUCUUAGAAGACUAAAGUUUAACUAAUACCUUAAAAUAUUCCUGGAGUAGGCAAUAUUACCUUCUGCCCAUAGGUCUGUUACUACUUUGUUUCUGCUCCAGUAGCUAGUCUAGUAGAAAAGCAAGGAGGCAGACAGGUGCUGCAAGGCCCAGGGAAAUAGUGUGCAGGCAUAUUGGUACCUCAAUCUUUUAUCUCAAUUAUGGGAUAUAAAUACACAUUUAAUGAAAAUCUUGCCUUGGUUUUGGGGGAAGGGUUUUGACUUUUAGUUCUAACCAUUCGGUUUGGUGUUUCAAUAUGAAAAUGUCCUUGAAUACCAGGUGUUUUCUCAGGGCUGAGUAUAGUGCUUAAUUUUCACCCAUCUGUACAGGAAAUGAAAACCUUGAUCAUGUACACUGGUUAUGUAUGUCCUGUGUGUUAUUUCUGUUAGUACAGCUGCCUCUUUUCACGGGAUGUCACCGAAUGUAAAUUACUUGAGCCUCAGUCCCCAGAUGUUUGUGCUGUUAUAACUCAGAAAUGAUACCCACUGCCAUUGAUUCCGACUCGUAGCAGCCCUAUAAAAAAAAAACAAACUCAUUGCCGUCAAGUCGAUUCCGACUCAUAGCAACCCUAUAGGACAGAGUAGAACUGCCCCAUAGAGUUUCCAAGGAGCGCCUGGCAGAUUUAACUGCUGACCUUUAGGUUAGCAGCCAUAGCACAUACUAUGCCACCAGGAUUUCCAAAAAUUGCCUGAAAGGGUUUCUAUGGCUGUUCAGGAACACACUGCCACAUUUUUCUCCCCUGGAGCAGCUGGUGUGUUUCAACCACUGACCCUUUGGUUAGUAGCCCAACACUUUAACCACUGUGCCACCAGAGCUCCUGCUGUGCUGCUAUGAUGGAGCCUAAAAUGCAUGCUCGGCUGCUGAGGCUACUAACCAAAAGUUUGGUUUGAAUCCACCAGCUGCUCAGUGAGAGAUGUAGCAGUCUGCUUCCAUAAAGAUCUACAGCCUUGGAAACCUUAUGGGGCAGUUCUAUUCUGUCCUUUAGGAUUGCUGUGAGCUGGAAUUGGCCACAGUGGGUUGGUUUUUUUUUUUUUUAAUACAAAACCCAAAUAGAUUCUCAGCUCUUAAAUUUUCAGUUACAGAAAAUCAGGUGAGAUAAUAAGGUUCUCAGUCAUGGAGCCAGCUGAAGGCAGUUCUUCCAUUUACAAUACAGAAACUCGGCACCUACACAGACUUGUCUUGGCCAGCACUGAGGUUGGGCUUCAGCUUCAACAACCGGAUCUGAAGUCUUUCCUGCAUUCAGGUUUGCUUGUGGACGCUGGCUCCCAGUCGCCAUACCACGCUUUCCCUUGUACUUGGCCGAAGCUAUAGAAUGCUUUGUCUUGCUGCAUAGCAUGCUUUGCAUCCUGCCUCUUUUCAUGUAUUUUUAAUUCACAUUGACCUCCCUGAGGUAGUUUUAAUAAAUGGAAAAAUGCCAUUUUGAUGCUAAAUUGACAAAGAAUGAUUACAUCUGCUGCAUAGGUGAGAUAAUUUCUGUAAGUGAGGAAAGUAGUCUCUUGUGAAAAGAUGCACCCUGAAGGAUGAUGACUAAGAUUAAAUCCCUUCCAAAGUAGAUAAGGUGGUAACAGCUAACUUUUGAGUACUUAGGAUAGUACUUGGCACAUAAACCAAGUGCUUAUCAUGCAUCCCCAGCCUGCCUUCAGAGAUACUAUCAAUCUCCUCUACAGGUGAGGAAAUAAGGGAUGUUUUGUGCUCAGGGUUACCUGGCUAGGCAGUGUAGAGUUGAACCCAGAGGGUUUGAAUCUAGAAAAUGCUUUUAAUACCUACAUAAUGGCAAGAGAAUCUUGGUAUCCAAUGGCAUAUCCUUCCUCUAACAUUUUAUAAGAUACCAAAUCAGUAGUAGUUAAGGGUUCCAGCUCUGGAUCAAGCAGACUCAGGUUUGCAUCCUACUUCUGUCACUUACUGUGAUUUUGGUCAGUGUUUUUUUUUGUGGCUGAACAAACUCUCAGAAACACAGUAGCUGCUUAAAGAGUAGAUGUAUCACUUAUCACAGCCAGGAAUUGAAACAGGCACUAAUUAAGGGGGAAAGCCUUAUUCACUUUUAAUAAGUGGAAUGUUCACUAAAAUUGAAUAAAUGAUUACCACAGCAAAGAAGUGAAACUUGUAGAGAAAAGAACACAGACUUUCUGCCCAAGAAGGGAUUAAAAGAACAAAGACACUGCAUUGCACUUUUUAAUUGCACAGGUAGUUUUAAAUAAAUGGAGAAAGCACCUUCCAAAAGCUACAGUAGCAGGGAAAGAUUCCAUCAAGCAUUUACAUAGUAAAUUUCUAGAAUUUCACAAAAAGAUUCUUGAUCUUUACUUGGACUGUACAUGAGGGAAAAGUCACCCCCUCAGGUAGGUGUUCUCUGCUUGCAGAAGCAAACUAAAGGACCUAAAAUUGGAGGCAAGCCUGGGAUGCUGAGAAGAGGAAGAAGAAAUGAUGAAGGGUCAUUCAUAAAUUCCAUGUCUACUUUAAGACACUUGUCUGGUGACCCUUAUUGUCUCCCUAAUGUCUGCAUGGUUCAUCUUGUUAAAUGUUUUGGGGCAAACUACUGCCCUUAAGAUAAAGGUACAAGGGCAAAAGCUGUAGUUCUUAAUUACUGUAAUGUAUCUGAGUACCUUGGACUGCUGGAUGUCAAAAGACAAUACUUGGGGUGAUCUACAAGUUUUGAACAAAUACUUUAGAGGAAUUCUCUAGGACUGUACCCCCUCUACUUUGGCUUUUUGAGCACAAACAGGCUUCUCUGUUAUCCUCCAGGCAGUGAUGUUAAUACGCAAGGGAAAGGGCAACAGUGUUGGAUCACUGCUUAGACACUAAUUAGCUGGGGAAAGAGUUCACUGGCAAAGGUGUCCUCCCAAGAAUGGUCUAUAUCAAGUGGAGAGGACAUGUCACUGAAGGGGGAAGGGGAGCCCUCAUAUCCACAGUCACUAUAAGCAUCCAGCAGGCAAGAAGAUGACUUCAGGCAGUGGCUGGAUGAAAGUAGAUUUGAGAUACCCAGCUCUGGAAUGAAGUCAUUUUCCACAAGUUCUUCCUUCACCGAGAUGGUAAAUUCAGGGUGAUCCUUCUCUGAGGGGCUGAGAGGUGCUUCCUCGAUUUUGAUUACCACAUUAGCUUCGCUCUCUGUUUCAGAGGGCAUCUCUAAGACUAGGGGCUUGGUAUAUACGUGGUCAAAACGAAUUAGUUCAUUAAUGGCUUCCAGCUUGGCUGGUGACGUCCCCAGUGAUGGAGAAGGGGAGGCUGGUAAGGAACUGGGUCCUUCUGGGUGGCCCUCUGGGAGCUCCUCCAGGCUGGUAGACUCUGGGGAGAGAUACCUGAAGAACAUGACUGGAUCCACGUUAUCCAGAAGGCCCAAGAGGAUAUCAGACUGCAAGAAGCAAAAAUUAAAUUGAGUCCAGUUAUCAGAAUGCACUUGAGAAUCUAGCUAGAACACUUAGUAUGAGGUUUCCUAAUGUAAAUUAAUCACUAUGCUAUACGAUGACCUCAGGACCCACCAGGCCCAUUUAUCCAUGCCUCACCUAGAAAUAGGAAGGUAGCUGAUGUUACCUUUAACUCCACCAAAACUAUCUUCCCCUGCCCUCACCUAUCUGGUUAGGGAUCUCAGGCAUCAAACAAGUGGCUUUAACUAGUUACACAGCUCUUUACUAACUCAGAAUGAUCCCUACCUCAGUGUCUGAAGAGUCAACACCGUCAGAAUCCAUGGGGAGAUGUUCUGGAGGGGUGACAUCUGGGCCUGCACCUGCUGCAGAGGUGCACGUAGUCUGAGUGCUGCGGACUCAGCAGACCCGGCCACUGGCCUCGCUCCAUUCCCCUGGGAAAAAAGACGGGAAUGAAUAAACAGCUUGAACAGCCAGAGUCCCUAAGGAAAUGCUAGCCAGGCAACUAUGAUUUCUCAACUUUCAAGAAGGCUAGAAAAUGAUUCGUCACCAAUUCUUUAAAGCUGACAAUCUUUCCCUUACUUUGUUUGCAUUUUCCUGAGUCCUCCUCAAGAAAGGCUAAGAAAAUGCAAGACUAUAACUUUCCACUGUGACUUUCUGUGCAAUGAAAGAUUUUUUCUAUCCACUGCAAAGAUGCAAAAAUUCAGGCCACACUGAUAUUCUUAAUAAAGUUCUGCAGCAAAUUUCAGCCUAGAAUAUUUUAGCUUUUUUUUUUUUUCUUUUACGUUCUUCCUGAACAUUGCCUUCACAGAGUAGGAUUGCUGUAUUGUCAACCUUAGACUUUUCACUCAAGGGCUGUCAUCGAAUUUGCCAUCAUCUAUAAAACUAAAACCCAUACAUACAUCAUGCUUAUCAGAGAGGUAUCACAACAAGUCCUUUCCCUACUCAUUCAUAUUUAUCAAAGAACUACUCUAGUUUUAGUAGCACUCAAUGUCUGAUUUGACACUCUUAUUCUGGUUCUCCUUAAUGUCUCCAUGGUUCAUCUUGUUGGCUGUCCAUACUUGUUAGUACUUGUUCUUAGAAAGCCAUGUAAUUUAACUCUUAGGACUUAUUACCAGGUCAUGCCCCUUUAGAACCAGUUCUCACUUAAGGCACAAAAUAAAGGAGAUGAGUUACCUUGGUCUCCACCUCCUCUUCAGUAACCAGGGCAUCCAUCCCCAAGCGCUGUCUUAACUCCUGGUUCUCAACUAUAAGGCCAUGAGUUUUCUCUCGCAAAAGCUGAUUUUCUAACAGAAGUUUUUGGUUCUGGAAGAAAGUUCAGAAGAGGCUAUUAAUGCAUCUAAUUUUUUCACUUAAGGAUUCACCUGACAAAGUUUACUACAAAUGGUUCUCUUUCCUUCUUGAACUUUUGGAAAACUGUAUGCUUAUAUAGUUAGUUAUUCAUGGUAGAUUACUAGAAGGGCAGGCCAUGAUUAUGAAAAAUAAACUAUUUAAGAAGUACCAUUUCACAGGGGUCGAGAAUAACACAAUACCUGCAGCUACUAAUAGAAACCUCAGUAAAGGGUGAUUUGUGGUUUAAAAUGCAAAUAAGCUAAUUUAUGAUGUUAAAAAAAAAAAAUCCUGUCUUUAACUGGGAGGUAAUAA